AUUCAAAAAGCAAAAGCCAUCGUACAAUUGCUCUAAAUUAUCACUCUUCCUUCUCUUCCUCUCUCUGCCGCAGUUUCUCCUUUUGCUUCCACGAUCCUCAGGCUGAAAAAUGGCGGGAAAAGGCGGAAAGGGGCUUUUGGCUGCGAAGACCCCAUCAGCUAACAAAGAUAAGGAUAAGGACAAGAAAAAGCCCAUCUCUCGAUCCUCCCGCGCUGGUAUACAGUUCCCUGUGGGACGAAUUCAUAGGCAUCUUAAGACAAGAAUAUCUGCAAAUGGGCGAGUUGGUGCAACUGCUGCAGUGUACUUAGCAUCAAUUCUGGAGUAUCUCACGGCCGAAGUGCUUGAGUUGGCUGGAAACGCGAGCAAGGAUCUGAAAGUGAAGAGAAUCACUCCAAGACACCUUCAGCUGGCCAUCCGAGGAGAUGAAGAGCUUGAUACMCUGAUCAAAGGAACCAUUGCUGGAGGUGGUGUAAUUCCCCACAUUCACAAGUCCCUCAUUAACAAAGCAUCCAAGGAUUGAGACAUUCCCUUGCAUCUCUGAGUAGUUCUGCUUUAACUAGUGACUUCUAAAACUGUAGAAGAAGACAUUUACUUGUAUCCAAGGAUUAGCUUUCCUGCUUGCUUUUGUGAAGCUCUGUUUAUUUUCUUCCUUUUUUUUUUCUCUGUCUAUUUGGAGAAGUAUAUUUGUUCAGUGUAAGAUUGUUAUUUUGCUGGAUGGUUUUUACUUUAGCUGACUUUCUUACUACAUAUUUGUUGGAUGGUAUUUUGGGCCUUUAGUUCUCA